AAUCUACUUAGUUGCUAGCCUUGUUUCAAAACCACCACAGAACCAGUUCCCUUCCUUUCAGUGAGAUAAUAUUUGUUUUCUUUCUUACUCGUGUUUCAAAAGUUCAGAAGUGAUUCCAAAAUGAGAUUAAACGCAAUUGUGCCCAAUUUUAAGGCUGAAACAACCCAGGGCCCGAUUGAUUUUUACGACUGGCAAGGAGAUUCAUGGGUUGUUCUAUUUUCACAUCCCGCUGAUUUUACUCCGGUCUGCACAACUGAAUUGGGUAGAAUUGCGGUUCAUCAACCUCAUUUUGAACGUCGCAAUGUGAAACUCUUGGCUCACUCGGUGGAUGAAUUAAAAGAUCACGUAGAUUGGGUAAAUGAUAUUAAAUCGUAUUGCCUAGAUAUUCCCGGGGCCUUCCCAUACCCAAUUAUUGCCGAUAGUGAUCGCAGUUUGGCAGUAAAAUUAGGAAUGUUGGAUGAGGAAAAUCAAAAUGAUCCGAAUUCUGCAGAUACGGUCAGAGCUCUUUACAUAAUCAGUCCUGAUCAUCGUGUUCGUUUAUCUAUGCAUUAUCCAAAAUCCACUGGUCGAAAUGUAGAUGAAAUUCUACGAGUGAUCGAUUCCCUACAAUUGGUUGAUCGAAAACCACAAAUUGCGACUCCGGCCAACUGGAUUCCGGGAGAUAAAGUUAUGGUAGUGCCGACCGUAAAAGACGAAGAUCUCCCCAAACUAUUUCCAGGUGGAGUGGACAAAGUUUCUAUGCCUUCUGGAAAAGUUUACGUUCGUACGACUACUGACUAUUGAUAUUACUUAAUAAUUUACAGAUUUUUAAAAAUAUUUUUUUAAUUUUUAAAGUUAAUCUGAUUGUUAUAAUAUAAUGUUAAAAAUGAAAAUACAUUAAUAGCGAUAUAA